GGUACUUCGCGGGGCUGUGCGCCACGAUGGUGGCUCUCAUGCUGAUGCGGAUGGGCCAGCCAGCGCUGCUGUAUCUGGUUCCUGGGACGCUGGGCACCACGGUGGCCCUCGCGGCCCGGCGCGGUGAGCUGCCGCUGCUGUGGUCGGGCGCGUCGUGCGGCAGGGACUCCGAGCCCGCGAGGUGUAGCCACGCGAGCCAGCCAUACGGGCGCGCCGAGGAGGACCUGGGCGUGUGGGCGAAGGGGACACAGACCUCCGAUGCCAUGACGUUGCGGCCUUCACGGGCCGCUCUGGGCCCCCCAGGGUAGUCAACAAGAACUGCUGGGGAUGACAAGCCAUGCUGAAGCACGCAUCCUUCUGGGUUUUCAAUGUGUUUAGAUCCACUUCGGCCGGGUGUGAUGGUAUGUUUGUAGAUGUCUCCAGUUAGC